UGGUUAAUUGCAGAAGCUAUUUCAAAAUUAGAUAACUUGAUUUGGCGCAAAUAGCAAUCAACGGUUAUUUGUGUUAAUGAAAUACUCACAUUCGGUUUUAUGCAAUAAAUAAUGGGCACUAGUGAAACGGACAUUAAGAAGUAGAAAAUGCCGAAACCAAGCCUUCAGAUUAUGAUAGACGACGAGAAGAUGGCUUAUUUUCCGGGUGACACGAUUACCGGACGGGUACAGUUCGUCGUAGAUGUAGCCCUUACAGUAAAAUCCAUCGUUGUGAAAUUCGUUGGAUGGGCACGCGUUUAUUGGACGGAGGUAAAAAACGGCGGGCAUACGACUUACGUGGAGGAAUUUAGUAGCCACGAGGAUUACUUCAAUAUCAGCCACACCCUUCUAAGCAUAGCCACUACCGGCCAAGACGAAAUCGUUUUGUCACCGAAUUCCCACACUUACCCAUUUAGCGUAACGCUGCCGUACAACAUUCCGUCCUCGUACGAGUCCGAAAUCGGACAGGUGCGCUACAUUUUAACUGUGGACGUUGAGACACCCUCCUGGUCCUUUAAUAUGAGCACUAAACACAGCACUCAACACAUGAUCACCGUGAUGGAUCCACUGGACCUGAACACCAUCCCCAACCUCGAGUCACGUGCAGAGAUGACGGAUCAGAAGGUGCUGUGCUGUUUGUGCUGCGCAUCGGAUCCUAUUUCCGCCCAUGUCCGUCUCGAGAGACAGGGCUACGUGCCCGGAGAGGAAAUUCCGUUUUGGGCGGAAAUCAACAACCAAAGUAACAGGAAAAUGAGUUGCAGCAAAGCCAGACUUCUUAUGAAUGUCUCGUACCACGCAACGGCUAAAACUAACAUUGUGUCAAACUAUCUCACUCGAAUCAAGCAUGGCGAGAUUGCACCUGGCGGCACGGACGCAUACGUCAACGAGAAACUUCACAUCCCUGUGGUCCCCCCUUCGUUCCUAAAGAACUGUAGCAUCAUUGAUAUCCGUUACUAUGUUGAGAUAACUGUAAACCCAUCCGGUCCCAGCUUCGAUCUUCACGUUCCAGUUGAAGUUGUGAUUGGCUCUAUUCCUCUCAGAUCCGUUGCCCAGCAGCAUGGACUCGCACUUCCGGAUCGCCAGGCCCCUACUGCCUCAUUCGCAAAUCUGCUGCUACAGCCCCCUUCCAACCUAGGAGCUCCCGCGGGACUCUAGAACGAUACUGCGCAUCCUCCAGCACUGCCGCAAGAGAAGUUCGCCCAAAGCGCACUCUGAGCACACAACACCGCGGAGGCAGGGGACAAUGAGUAAACCUACGGACACACACACUUCCCCCCCCCCCCGUGUACACUGGAGAAAUACGACUACACACACUCAGUUUGAGAUCGAAGUUUAAUUUGCUCGUUUUUGUACCGAAUUGAAUAGCCAUGUACAUUUUGUAGUUUAUUAGUAAUGACAUGCCUGUAUUAUUCAAAGCCAUAGACUGUGUGUGUAUGCGCUUAUUAAGCAAUAUCCCACAUUUUAGCUAUAUUCAUUAGUAACAAGCCACUAUUUUAUUCGCCAAUGGGAUAAUUUAUCCAUUUGUGCCUAGCGUCUAAAAAAAAGGCCUUUGCAAACAGCAUAGACCCAGAUGAGACUCCGCGUGAUGUGGCUUCUCACCAGGGUCUGCGCGGUUUACUUAAAGGAAUUUCUGAAAGAAAUAUUCUAAAUAUAGAAAAAAAUAUACUUGACAUUUCUAAUCUUGAAAUUAAAUGAUCAAAUUUAGAAAGAUAGGAUAGUCCACUAGGCAUAAAUUGGUUAAUAACAAUUCACUAUUGUAUUCGCCAAUAGGAGAAUUAUGGAAUUCGUACAAACAUUAAUAUCACUCCACUAUUUUAUUCGCCAAUGGGAAAACUAGGGCAUGCGUACGGAAACAGUAGCUGUGUAUAAUCACCGGUUUUUGUUCUGUUUGUAUGUAUUAGAUAUGUAGCAGUUUUAUUUCUUUACUUGCCUUUAAUAUUACAAAAGCACUGUGUUGCCCUGUGCCAUAUACUGUACACAAUUUUUAUUUUGUAGUAAAAUAAAUUUGCGGACAUUCAAAUAUAAAAAAGUCGGACACCACAUUUUCUUUAUAUGAUCUCCUCAAUGACAAUGACACUUCUGUUCCCGAUAUCUCGACUAGUUUUUAACAGAUAUAACACGCUCUAUUUAAGUCAACCGAAAAAGCAUAUUUCGCAGUGGAAUAUUGUAAGACAUGGAGUAAUGUUUAUUUACUGUUUGAUAUUUAACCUAUGUUUCGAAUGCUGUCUGCAGUUAAGCAAUAGUAUUGUAUGAGACUCUAAUGAUAACAGACUUGAAAAUUUACCUGGAUUACCAGCUACGCGAUUGUUUGAGAUUAAAUCCAGAUUUUUGUAAAGUUAUUGUACACAUGUUCACUUAUUGUUAUUUAACCCUAAGUGGCGUUGUAGCUGAGAAUGACGUCAUUUUUACGUACACAAUCUGCUGUCAACAUGUUUUUAUACUGUAUUAUUGUUUUUAUUGUUUCAAAAUACUAUUUGCAUUUUAAAUAGCAAAUAUGCAGGUAAUUUAUGUAUUAUUAUAUAUUGUAUAGUUAAUAUAUAGUAAAAUGUUAUAUUUUUCAUUAAACAAUCCAAAGUUGUUGGUGAUUCUGUCAGUCUUCUGCUGUUCACGUUAUGACAUGCUAAUUUUUAGCAGAAUUCUGCGGUAACAGAAUUUCUGAGAGUAUAAAAGGCCGUGAUUUCUGAGGUUGAAUCACUCUAACCAGAACGGUUGGGUCGGUAGGUGGUAACGCAAACAUAUGAGGAUAAAAGAAAGACAAAAGCUUUAAAAGUUGAUGGUUUGUAAUUAACAACCUCAUAAGAAAAAGAAAUAGCAUACAAAUAUAACAGAAAAACUUGCAGAAUUUUAACAGAAAACUGGCAGAAUUUUUACAUAAUUAUUAACUUAUAACUCUAACUUUUCUCACUUAAUGUUAUCAUUGACAUAAAUGUAUUAUGUUCAUAAAUGUGUGAUAUGAUGAAAA